CUUAUUAAACCCUCCGUACAAUGUUUACGUUUUUCAGAACACUACGAUCAUACGAGACAGAAGGUUGUGGAUUAUGUAAGAAAAUCUAAACAGGUCAAUUGAAAAAAUAACUGUUUCAGAAACAUUCGGCUAAUACUAGUGACACGUGGAAAUACGCAGCUGUACUAAGUACGAAAAUAAGAAAAUUAAUGUCAUCAUUUAUACAGAACGUCAUGCACGAAGAGACUAAUAAACCCCGAAAUACUAGUAUCAGCACUGACUGUAGGGGGUCGGGUCAAAGCCAAACAAGCGUGAACGACAGCGGGUACGAAUCGAUGCAAUACCAUGCUGCCACAUUCACGCUCGGCGAAGGGUCGAGCUCUUCGAACUCGUUCCGUUCGGACGUGAUGCAUGAAGAAGACAGUGAUAUCGAAUACGAAGAUGUGUUUGAAAAUGAAACAAUUCAGCCUAGUCAAAUGACAAAUCUCCGAGGUGACGAAGAUGCUCAACAAAAUUCAGAUCUGAGUAACACAUUGCAAGCGGUUUCAAGUCCAAUUGACAUUCCCGCGCGCGGAGCUUCCGGUCGUUCAGUCGGUCAUAACUUUCAACACACCAAAAGCGACCCGUUGUUCGGGGCCAGGUGUGAGCCCCGCGGGUUCGUUCCGUCCUAUGAGGCAGCCACAGGACGAUGUAACGCAUCCUCGCAGACUGAGACUUACAGAAACCCCCUUGGUUUAAAACUCCAGAUGGCGCCACGACUGAGGUCGAACACGAUAGCGAACCACGAUUGUGAACCUCCUACCGAUGAAGGAACUUCCGGCUCUCUACCGGAUGUUGUUCCCCCUUCACGUGACCGCUCCCUGUCAAUGCCGAACGUUCAGCUAUGCAUACAGCAGCGCAAGAUAGGCAAGCGACUGCGGCGAAUGUCGGACGAUUUCCACGAGGAGAAACAGGUAUAUCAAAUGCGACGGAAUUCCCAGUCACAGGCGUCGUCAAUGCCAUCCGGUUUCCAGUACUUUACCGAACUUACCGAAAGUCUUCGGCGCAUCGUUUCCGGUCAUUUCACGCACCCGGACUAACAGUCGGUUGUUUCCAUAAAGUAAUUCGGGGGCUAAGGCACUCGCCCACGGAUAUUUGUUCCAAGGGGCAUCUCAUCUAGUCGGACUACGCAGAUACAUACACGAAAAAAUGGUCUUCAACUGCGUCAGAGGGGGCGAAACUUCCGCUUCAAAAAUGACUGGACCAUGGGGCUACCCCUUGAAAAACAUCUUGCUCUCACACUCGCGUCACGUUGAGCUACAAUGUUCACUCUACUACAGUCACAUCAAUCAAUUGGUAUAUGACCAGUUGAUAUUGGUCAAGCAAGGUUGGAGUAACAAUAUUUGGGUUGAUAUAGUAAGGGUAAAUUAUGUCGUAUGUUUGCAUAACCCUUACUGCAAGUUCUCGCACAAAGAACCUUGUGCAAAAUUAGAGGCAGUCUCUUUCAAUGUUUAUAACAACUGGUCAGUUGUGUUACAUGAACCUUUAACGCUGGGUGUGUUAUCGCAAACGCGUGGCUGAUUAAACCCAUAGUUUAAACUCAAGGAUAGGCUUGCUACUGAUAUACUUUGUACGUUUCGUUUGUCGAAGUUAAUGUUAUUUUCUAAAUAACAGGGUAUUCAUGUAUCUAUCAUUGAACUUAAAACCUCAAGAAUGACAUUUAUUUUAUUUACACUAAAUCUUCUCGUAUGCUUUUGUUUUCCUGUUCACAUUGCUAUUGUUAUGCAUUUCACAUUAAUCCACUUCAAGCAUAUAAAUAUCCAUGUCUGAAUUGAUGUCACAGAUUGCUUGAAGUAUGUGUCGGUUUACAUUGCUUAUGUAUGAAUAUACAUUGUAAUUAUGAAAUGUAUUGUGAACGCAGUUACCACUUUGCAGCCUAUAAAAAUAGUAAAAUUCUUUUAGUUACUUGCAACUUAUCUUUUUUAACCGAGAUUUAAAAACUACUAAAUAAUAAAGCUUUUCCCAUAAUAUACUAUGCAUUUUUAGUGGAAUUGGACGAAAUAUGUUUUCAUUAUAAAGUUUCCAUUCGGCGUCAUUUACUCCAUGACUAUGACACAUGAGAAACAAAAACAAAAUUCAGAUCUUUAGUGAAUAUAUUUAAACAUAACAUGUUUCUGUUAUGUGGCUCCACUUGGUCUCCAAUUUGUUGUACACUUGACACUGAAUAUGUUAAUAUUCAAAGGAUCACAGUUUACAUCAAAACAGUUCACAAGCGCUCGCAUGUAGAUGUUUGAGUCACCUGAUACUAUAUUAUACACUGUUUAUUUAGGCACUCUUUGGUAACAAGUAUAAGCGUUCGAGAUAGGGUUUGAAAUUGUAAGUAAUGUUAUACUGUGUAAAUACUUCACAUAUUAAUUGCAUAUUUAAUUGCAUUUAGUUAGCUUUUACUUUGAAAUGUUAAUUUGCUCAAUAUUGUUCAUAAAGCUUUGCUUUUCAGAAAGUAUUUUCUGAACAAAUGGUGCAGUGUAAUAGUCACACAGUUUUUUAUGUGCUCCAGGCAAUUUAGUGUGUGAUUCUUACCAUAGAUUUAUAAUGUAUCAAGUUCAGUCAAAUGACACCUUGGAAAGAAUGUUAUAAAUAUAUACAAACCAGGGGCUGAAUGUUCCAAAACAGUUUAUAACAUUAUUUGAUUUGUACUUCUAAUUGUAUCAUAAUACUGACUUGUUAUUGCUUCUUUUAUUGAUGCAUCUGUCAUAUUUAUCAGAAUAAUGAUUUCGUUAUUACUUCAUUCAUUGAUUAAGUUUCGUGUCAAUACAUGGUACUCGACAUAUGGAAUUGCGUUGCUUACUUUGUAUGAAACUGUGCAUGUUAAUUAAUUGUUAUUCCAUAAAAAUGGAUGUAUGCAGUAUGUAUUCUGCACUAUAAUGCAUUUUUCUAGAUUGAGUUGUUGUAAAUUGUGAACAGUGUUUAGACGUAAAACAUUUUGGUGCAUGUACGUAGCGCAGAGAUUGCUGAUAAGUCGUUAUUUUUUAUAGCUGCUGGACAUGACUCUAGUCCAUUUUAUAAGAAUAUCUUUAACGCAUUUAUUGGUCUUUAUAUUAGAUAUAUGUUUUGUUCGUGCACAAAAUGCACGAGUUCAGUGUGAAAGUACAUAUAUCAUAAGUGAGGAACGCUUCAAUUAUUGAUAUCUCAUUACGGAAAUUAAGGUACUAUUCGUGAUGGUGCCUCAAUAUAUUCAUGCAUACAUGAUGCGGCGUCUCAUCAGGGUAUGCGCAGUUUGCUUAAAGGAAAAUCUGUAAGAAAUAUUCUAAAUAUAGAAAUAAAUAUAAUAGACAUCCCUAAUUUUGGAAAUAAAUUGAUCCAAUUUAGAAGGAUGGGAGAGUCCACUAGGCAUAAAUGGGUUAAUAUUGAACAGCUUUAACGUUGAAACCAUUGGAACCAUAUUACUGAUUGAUAUUGAAAUAAAGGUUGAGCGUCUUCAUUUGGCAUUGUUUCAUGAUAGAUUUCCGGUUUACGAUAUAAUUCAUGCUUAUUCGUUUCUUGCGUUUAACAAAAUUUUGAAAGUCUAUUUCACUAUACAAAUUGUAGACAAUGCUUUAAAAAAAAAUCAAAUUCAAUAAUUAAAUUAUAUACGACUUUAAUCUACAAAUGCAAAUUGUUACUACAUGAUUAAUUGCUACGAGGCGUGUUAGGUGAUUGUGCAAUAGUUUAUACAUGUGAUCUCAUUUGUUUCUUGCUUACUAGUAUAUGUCUCUCUCAAUUAAGGACGGGUGCGCUUUAUCAUGCAUGUAUAUUUUGAUAAUCAACAAUUGUUUCUCGCUAAAUUCAUGUUCGUACAAGUCAACUUAAAGAUAUGUGUAUUUUAUGUUUUUGUGUAUUGUGUUCCUUUAAAUGAUCUCACUAUGAUACCAUGCGUUUGUUACUACAUUUAAUGUACAUGACAUGUCAAACAAUAAAUACUAAAUUACG